AUCAUGUCCGGCGCGAAGGCACAUUUCUGUUUUGAGUGUUUGAACCGCGGCAGCCAAGUUGGGCAGAUUGGCGGCGCCUUCAAAACUUUGAAGGUUUCCGGAAGGUUGGCUGCUGCGCGCCGCCAUUGUAAUCCCUUGUGGGGGGAGGGUUGGGCUCCUGGAAGUAGCUGUUCUUGCCAGGAUUUGCCGCGCAGGCGCCUUCCAGCGGUCAUGCAUGUCGGCAAUCAGGUCUGCAGCACACCUGAUUGUGGUAGAAUGGGGCAACGGGCGGAGUUGUUGGAGGAUGCAGGGCCUUCUGGCGCCACGUCAAUGCAAAGGCUAUUAGGAGAUGCGAGAAUGGCAGGAGAUGAAAUGGGGUCGGGGCUACAGGCGAAAGUUCUUGAACUGGGGGACAACCUUCGGAAGAUGAGCGGAGGAAUCUCAGAACCAGUGAGAAGGAAACUUGGGGAAGUAGGGAAAGGUUUGGAUCAAGCAAGGCGGGGAUUGUUGGAUGUCCGGCAAGGCCUGGAGCAAAGAAUACACCUUCCAAACAUAGAUCUGGGAUUGGAGGAAAGGCAGACUCCUUUCGUGCAGGUUGACGUGGACACAGAUCUCAUCCCCUUGAAUAAGAAUGUCCAGUGGCAGAAUGUCAGGCUUGGAUUUGCAAGCCUUAGCACGCUCGCAGUAGAAAGCCGGCCGCUCCGAUUGCCCGCCCUCCCAGAUCUCGGAGGUUUGUUGAAUCGGCUUCAUGUGCCAUUCAUGGAUGGGACAGCGCUUAGUCACGUGGUGGCUGCAACGCUAGCACGCACGGCAGCGCAGGUCGUCGGACAUCCUAUAGACACUGUGAAGACCAGGCUCCAAGUCAAGAACCCGCCCAAGAAGCUGCGGAAGUGGAGGAAAAAGAUUUCAAAGAAAGCGGUUGGCAUUGGUCCGGUCGACAUUGACAAUUGGUGGUUCAAGGGGCCAAACGACUUGUACAGAGGAGUGACGAUUGCUGUUCUGGGGACGCUGCCGAAUGCGUUCAUGUACUUCACAACUUAUGAACUUGCAAAGAGGCAGUUGGAAAAAAAGAACCUGCCUUCUGAUCUUGUCCACAUCGGGUCAGCUUCUUUGGGGACGUUUGCCGCUUCCAUCGUCCGGGUGCCCUUCGACACCAUGAAGCAUCGAGUCCAAGCUUACAUGCAUCAGAACUUGUUCGAUGCUGUGAGGACGGUGGUGGCUCAGGAAGGGAUCCGGGGUCUGUAUGCGGGGUUCUGGCCGACGCUCAUGCGUGAUAUCCCUGAAAUUGCCAUACAGUUUUCCAUCUACGAAAAGAUGCGAGGCAUCCUCGAGUCGAGACGGGAGGUGAAGAAGCUCGCAACUCACGAGCAUCUGCUGCUAGGGGGACUGGCCGGGGCCUGCGCAGCCACGUGUACAGCUCCACUUGACUUGGUGAAGACGCGGCAGCAGUGCGGGAUGGGCCUCAGCAUCAGGGGAGCAAUGAUGAGCAUCGUGGAUGAGAACGGGGUUUUGGGGCUUUUCGCCGGUCUGCCUCCUCGGGCAAUCCACGUGACCGUGAUGUCAGCAGCUUUCUUUGCGCUCUUCGAGGGUUGCAAACUGCUGCUAAAGCCCGACCGGCAUCCGUCCGAUAAGCUGGUCAUCCCCAAGAUCUGGAGGAAGCGGAGAGACAAGAUCUGGAAGCGGCAAUUUGUAUAUACGGACUAGCAGCGGUCUCUCCGACCAAAGCUGGUUAGGUGGUAAGCAUUUCUUGUCACAGCCCAGUUUGUGCUAAGGUGGGCGGCUGGUGAUCCGGCUGAAGGGAAGGUUACUUGGUAGAGAGGUGUGCAAUAGAAAAAACGAUAGAGGUGCGAGUCCGAAUCAUUGAAAGUCGCAGCCAUUCAAAGUCGCAACCCAGAAACGGUAGCUUGACAAGUUUUGUAAGUAUCUCAGGCUACUUCAAAGAGCUGGUCUGCACUCUUGAGAGGCUUCGUGGCUCUGAGCAGCGUGCCAGGGCUUUUAGCUAGAUAAACACGAUACAGGACUGCCGCUUUCUGAUCGAGGUGAACUCCAUGAGCCUCCCACCUUUACUAAUACGCGCAAAUUGGCAAGCACAUCGGAGGUUUUGCCAUUACGACCAAGAC